CCAGGAGGAGGGACCAGUGUGGCGGUGUGAGCGCAGGGAAGAGUUUACACUGGACUCUCCUGGAGGCUCAGGCGCUGGGAAAUCGGAAGAUCUGUGCAGUCUUGUGUUUUUGGCACACAGGGCGGUAAUACGCGCUCAGCGGCGUCGGACAACUGAAGUGCGGCUUUUUUGCGCAGAAGAGUUUUGAUACCCCGACGUGUUGGAAAGGUCAUACAUCUCUGCUGUCAAUGCAAGCACAGGUAGAAAAGAGAAUCCCGGAAGAGCUCGCUGUGCAGGUUACUAGAUUUUUUAGAUAGCCCGUGCUUUUACUCUUAACGUGUGCAGAACAUAGAUGGGUUUGUUUACCCUCUUCAAAAAGUAGAUGUUUUAAUUUAUUUUUUUAAAUCUCAGAUUUAAAGUAAUGAACGAAAAGAAAAUGAAAGAUAUGAAGAAGAAGAAGCUGUACGUGUUGAUGGAUGUGCUGUGCGUCGCAGUCGCGGCACUGCCCUCCCUCAUUAUGAAUAUCGUGCACAAGCCGUAUCAAAGAGAAAUUUACUGUGACGACGAGAGCAUCAUGUACCCCAUAAAACCAGACACCGUCACCAGAGGCAUGCUGGCAGCUGUCACCAUCUCCUGCACUGUCAUCAUCAUUUCCUCCGGAGAAGCUUAUCUGGUCUACAGCAAGAGGAUUUACUCAAAUUCAGAUUUCAACCAGUACGUCGCUGCACUCUACAAGGUGGUGGGAACCUAUUUGUUCGGAGCAGUUGCCAGCCAGUCGCUGACGGACCUCGCCAAGUACACAAUCGGCCGCCCAAGGCCUCACUUCAUGGCUGCGUGCGCACCGAAGGUCUGCACGGGAUACGUGCAGGUGAUCAACUGCACCGGCAGGCCGCAGGACGUCACAGAGGCGAGAUUGUCCUUUUACUCCGGUCACUCCUCGUUUGGAAUGUACUGCAUGCUCUUCCUGGCACUUUACGUGCAGGCGAGACUUGCGGCGAAGUGGGCCAGACUUCUCCGGCCCACCAUCCAGUUCUUCCUGGUGGCCUUCGCGGUGUAUGUGGGCUACACCCGAGUCUCUGAUUACAAGCACCACUGGAGCGACGUGCUGGUGGGGCUGCUGCAGGGAGCCCUGGUUGCUGCGCUCAACGUUGGCUUUGUGUCAGAUUUCUUUAAGACGCGUCCCCCACGGAUGAAGCCAGACGCGGCUGAUAGCGAGGAGCCGGAGAGGAAAGCCAGCCUGCAGAUUGCAGACACCGAGCACAGCAACCAUUAUAGCUACCGUAACAAUCCUGGGCCUUUGUGAAAGGUGACUGACACUCGGCUGGAUUUCUGCAGAGAACCCGAACCUGUGUGAGAGGUUCUGAUGCUAGGGGGAGGAAACAACCAAAAUUAUGCAGCCAAACAUGUUUAUUUUGGGGAGUAACCCGAGUGACAUGCAGUCUUGACUCUUCAGGCUUCCCUCCUGUCCUGGAACUGUUAAAUAUUUGCCCCCUUUGUGACUUCUGCAACCAGCCCAUUGUGUUUCUGUUUGAAAGGAAGUUAGUCAUGUGGUCUGUAGCUCUCAGCUCAUUCCCUCUGUAUAAACCACUCACAGCUCAACUGGACUGACUGAGGGGGCCACAACCCUACCGGCAGAUGCUUAAGCCCCCUCUCAAAGACUCCAUGACGACCUCCUUUUCUCCUAUAAGAAAGGGGAUAGUUUAUUGUUUUUAAUAUGUUUGUAUUGAUGUUAAAACGUGUAUGCUUAAAGCUGCUUCAGGCAAAAGAGUGAAAACUCACUGAAACAAAGCGAUAUUACACUGUUAUUGAAUACUGGUGAUUCAUUUGUUAGCAAAAUAGUCCCACGUAGCAGACAAAGUAGAACAUUGGACUCUCCUCUCAGCAUCUUUCUCGAUUUCACUUAUUCAUUCGGUUUUUUAAUGUGCAGGUAUUCUGACUCUGUUUUACAAAGUUUUAAAUGAUUGGAGCGUGGCUAAAUAUUUGCCAUAUGUACAGAGCAAAAGCAAUUGCCACAACCUAUAAGUACCUGAGCCUGCAGAUAUCAGGAACAAGAAGAUGUGGACGCUGACUUUACAGUGAGAUCAGAAGGAAAAGCAGCUGUUUCACAUUCAGUGAGUUCUUUAUUUUAUUGUUGGCAUUUAUAGCAUAGACUUUUUUGUAUGUUUUUUCAAUUGUCAUAUGUUGAGAAGCAGUUUUGUCAGCAGUGCUUCAAGCGAAGUGAAACUGCUCCAUUCAUGAAUGUUUAUAAAUGCCAGUGGAGGCACAGUUUGCGGAUUAGCCUAAUUUUAGUGCACCUUAAACUGGCCACAUGUUAGACCAGAGGAAUGUUGCACAAGCUAAAAAUGGCAGCUGCAGACCAUCCAAGGCUGCUGCAACAGAGCUGUAUAUCAGCAUAACCAUCAUGUUAAAACAAAAAUGCAGAAACAUUUCUUAAAUGCAACAAUAAUACGACCCAUUUAUUCAGUUUCCUCUUUUUUCUCGUUUUUUUUUACAUGUUGGCAGAGUUCGCUCACUUUCUCCUGGCCUGUGCCACCUCGCCCGAACAUUAUUUAAAGUCCAUGUUAUGUCCGUUGUGGUCCAGAUUAACCCUGAACGAUAAAUAUUCAAAACUGUAUAGUUUUAAUUAUGAAGGGUAAGAAUGAUGAAAAUGUGUGAAAAUGGACUGGAGAGGUUUAAAACUAUUUAUGAAAAAAAGUUUUAAUUUCUGCUGAACUUCAUACCACUACAACUGUACUGCCAUUGAAAUACUAAGAAAUUACUCUUUCUGAUCUCUUUGAUUUUUCUUGUUUUGUUUUGUCUUAUUUCACCAAUAUUCAAUGAAUGGCAAGACAACCAUUUACAAAAUGGUGUGUAAUUUAUUUUAAAAAUUGUUUAUCUACUUUCACGUGGCUGGAAAUGCCAGCUCAAUUGAUGUUUUUUGUGCAAUCACCCCUGCUUGCCACUAUGAGCCACAAAUACUGUAUCUACUAACACUAUGAGACAUACGUUUUGUAUUACUGAAGGAAAUAUGUGUUUGUGUGAAUGUUUAUGUAUAAACAUAUAUGUCUGUAUGUUUUUAUUUCAGUGUAGUUUGAAUUUCACCUGUACAUUGCUCUUUGGCCCCUGCUUUCUCAGACUUGUGCGUGUUGGAUUUAACAACAAAAAGGAUCCAGUUCCAGGUCCAAACAAAAGACAGAUGCCUUGGCGUGGUUUUGAAAUGCGCUGUUGUAAUAAUGAAAACAAUUUACAUGCCCAAAUGUGUAUUUGAAGUUUGUUACACUUCCCUGUUCUCGCUUUAUAAGAUAAGUCUGGUCCCUCUCCUUCUCCCAUGUUAAUAGAUGGCGCUCAUUAGUGCCUUGAGUCUCCAGGACAGUUCUUUUAUGGCAUCCAGACCCCUGGAGUACUGACUAUAGAUCAGAGGGACCGCUAACCUGAUAUGCUUGGAGACCGAUAGGGUGAGACAGAGAGGCGGAGAAAAUCUCUCCUGGUAGUAAUCAGAAGGGCCCUGAAGCUGAGUCGGGGCUCAGGAGAGAAGGGGGGCACUGAAGGUGGGGGUGGAGCAUCCAGUAUCCCAUGAUGAACCAUAGGCCCGAGGGGCUUGCAGACAUUUAAAACACUUAAUCACGACAUGAAACAGCUGGAACUGGUUGUAGUGAGGCACUAUGUGCUGCCUUGGCUUCAAACAUCUGAAUCAUCUGUUUUGCAGUCAGAAUAAUGGCUCAAACAUGGUUUGGAAGUCUCUCUGUGUUUGACUCCUCUGCAGCUCAGUAGAAACUACGGUUUUAAAUGUGUGUCAUCAUGCUUUAAGGUUUUAAUGCAUAAGAAAUUCUGCUUACCUGUCAACUUGUGGCUGCGGUUCAUCUUGUGUAGCCUAUAGAUUAUUUCUAAAGCGGUCAAACCAGAAAAUUUUAAAUAAAGAUAUUUUCCACCCUCAAA